AUGCACACCCAUCAUUCACAUAGUGGAGAUUAUGUGUCUCAUGCGACUGAUCUGCUCGAUGCAACUGUCGCCUUAUAUUAUUCCAAAGGAUUCAAAAUAGUUUGUUUAACUGAACAUAUGCCUCGUCUUCAUGAUCAAUUCUUAUAUCCUGAAGAACUUGAAAAGCAUUACACCACUGAUAAUCUUGUUUCUGAUUUCCAGGCAUUCACAAACCAUGCGAAGAGACUACAACAGGAAUACAAAGACAAGAUGAAGAUUAUUAUUGGGUUUGAAGUUGAAGGAAUUGAUAUUCCUCAUAUUGAAUAUUCACAAGAAUUAAUUGCAAAGAAUAAUGAGAUUCAAAUGAUGGUAGGGUCUGUACAUUUUGUUCAUCAAAUUCCAAUUGAUUUUACGGUAGAGCUUUGGAAAGAGGCAAGAUCUAAAUCAAGAACAACCCGAGGAUUAUAUUGUGAUUAUUUUGAUUUACAAUAUCGUGUGAUUACAAGUUUGAAACCAAUGGUGGUUGGUCAUUUUGAUUUGAUUCGAUUAUUACAACCAGAAGAUGAUUUCGAUAGUACUACGGGAAAACUUACACGAGAUGUUAAUGUUGAAAUAGAUUGGCCCGAGGUUUGGGAACGUAUAGUGAGGAAUAUUAAGGUUGUUUAUGAAUAUGGUGGACUUUUUGAAUUGAAUUCUUCAGCGAUUAGAAAAGGUUGGGAUACACCUUAUCCUAGACGAGAUAUAGCCGAAGCAAUUAUAAAGUAUGGAGGAGGGAGAUUCUGUCUAUCCGAUGAUUCACAUGCACUUACUCAGGUUGGACUUAAUUAUCAUAAAGUAUUGGAAUAUUUGAAAUCAUUGAAUGUUGAUGAAAUCUAUCAUCUUGACUUAGAUGAUGAUAAUGAGUUAAAGGUUAGAACUGAGGACAUAAACAUAUUAGAGAGAUCUACAUUUUGGGAUCAAUAUAAAUAG